GUGCAAGCGCGCGCGCGCCGGGCUCCCCACGAGAGGCGACAGCUGAGGCUGAGGCGUCGUGGUGGUUGUCGUCGGGCGUCUGGCGCCACUGGCUGCUGCACUGACCGGACGGCGCGCGCCAGCCAUCCAGCCCCAGGAAUCCCUUCCCGCGCCGCUCUUCCCUGGGCUGCACGAGCCCCGUGCGCGCGCCUGCAGUUGGCGGCACCAGCAGCAAGAAGCGGCGGCGGCGGCGGCGUCUCUCCCUCUCUCUCUCGUUUCCUAUCCCUGCUCUGCGAUGCUCCAGUCAUGAAACGUGUACGCACAGAACAGAUUCAGAUGGCAGUUUCCUGCUACCUCAAACGCAGGCAGUAUGUAGACUCAGAAGGUCCUUUGAAGCAAGGGCUGCGCUUAUGCCAGACUGCAGAAGAAAUGGCAGCUAAUCUAACAGUCCAAUCUGAAUCAGGUUGUGCAAACAUUAUCUCUGCUGCACCCUGCCUAGCAGAGCCGCAACAAUAUGAAGUACAGUUUGGGCGAUUAUGCAGUUUUCUUACAGAUUCGGACUCCCAGCACAGCCAUGAAGUGAUGCCUCUUCUGUAUCCCCUCUUUGUCUACCUCCAUCUUAAUAUGGUCCAAAAUGGCCUAAAGAGCACAGUGGACAGUUUCUAUAGUCGCUUCCAUGGGAUGUUCUUGCAGAAUGGCUCCCAGAAAGACAUCAUUGAGCAGUUACAAACUACACUAACAAUUCAGGACAUCCUGUCUAACUUCAAGCUCCGGGCAUUUCUGGACAGCAAAUAUGUCGUCCGCCUUCAAGAAGACAGCUACAACUUUCUCCUUCGCUACCUCCAGAGUGAUAACAACACUGCUCUCUGCAAGGUCCUUUCUUUGCACAUCCAUUUAGAUGUGCACCCAGCCAAGAGGAUGGAUUACCAGUUAUAUGCUAGUGGUGGCUCUUCACGCAGUGAGAGCAAUGGCCUAGAACCCACUGACAUGCCUACUUCCAUCCUACAAAAUGAGGCAGCGUUGGACAUCCUGCAGGAUAGCAUUAAAAGAGUCAAAGAUGGGCCACCUUCACUCACAACCAUAUGUUUCUAUGCGUUCUAUAACACUGAGCAGUUGCUAAACACAGCAGAGAUCUCACCAGAUAGCAAGCUGCUUGCUGCUGGAUUUGAAAAUUCCUGUGUAAAACUAUGGAGCUUGCGGUCCAAGAAGCUGAAAUCUGAGCCUCAUCUGGUAGAUGUGUCCCAAAUGCACCUGGCUUGCGACAUCUUGGACGAAGAGGAUGAAGAUGAUGAUACUGUGGGUACAGAAAUGAAGCUACUUCGAGGGCACUGUGGACCAGUGUAUAGCACAAGGUUUCUUUCAGACAGUUCAGGACUGUUGUCAUGUUCAGAAGAUACAUCCAUCAGAUAUUGGGACCUUGGAAGUUUUACAAACACAGUGAUGUACCAAGGGCAUGCUUACCCUGUGUGGGAUCUGGACAUCAGUCCUUGCAGCUUGUAUUUUGCAAGCGGUUCCCAUGACCGCACAGCAAGACUUUGGGCAUUUGAUCGGACGUAUCCCCUGCGAAUAUACGCGGGCCAUUUGGCAGAUGUGGACUGCAUUAAGUUUCAUCCUAAUUCUAAUUACUUAGCAACAGGAUCUACAGAUAAAACAGUGAGGCUCUGGAGUACCCAGCAAGGAAACACAGUGCGUUUGUUUACAGGUCACCGGGGCCCAGUGCUAUCACUUGCAUUUUCUCCAAAUGGUAAGUAUUUGGCUUCAGCAGGUGAAGACCAGCGGUUAAAGUUGUGGGACUUGGCAUCUGGCACGCUUUACAAAGAACUGAGAGGGCACACAGAUAAUAUCACCAGCCUUACUUUUAGUCCGGACAGUAGCUUAAUUGCUUCUGCAUCAAUGGACAACUCUGUUCGAGUGUGGGACAUUCGAAACACUUACUGUAAUGCUCCUGUGGAUGGCUCUUCCAGUGAACUAGUUGGUGUAUAUACUGGACAGAUAAAUAAUGUACUCAGUGUACAGUUCAUGGCCUGUAAUCUUCUUUUAGUGACUGGAAUUGCACAAGAAAAUCAGGAACAUUAAUUUUUUUUAAAUGGGGGGGUUUGAAAGCCAGAGUUUAUUAUAAAUUGAGAUUAUAUAUAAUUGACUGUGAAUUUUUUUCUCACAUGUGGCAGACGUGUCCAGAAUGAUGGAAAUACUGUACUUGAAGAUGUCUUGUAUUGUUGCAAAAGGAUAAAGAGCAGCAGAGAACAUCAUUGUAGUUGUAUAAUAGUAGUGCAAGGGCAGGAAGCAAUGGGUGAAAUCCAGCAGCACAGAAUAUUUUCUUAUAGGGAUAACCCAAAACCUGGUCAAAACAAAUAAAACCCACAACUGGGCAUUUGCACUUAAUUAUCUUGAAUACACCCAUCCUAUAUACAUUUACCAGAGGUUUUUCAGUCUGGCUAUAUCAACUGUUUGGUUUAAUUGACUUUCUCUGCGAAAAUUUCUGUGGGACUAGAAUUAUUGCCUUGGAAAGAAAAAAAAGUAUUAUGUUCUACAGAUGCUCUCAAGUAUAAGCAACAUUACAAUAAUGUUUAAAAUAACUGAGACAGACUUCCAGCUUGUUAAUAUAAAAGUAAUGGAGUUGGUUCUAGAUUUCAUCUUUCGUUAAUGGAAGGGCUAUUUCAUCCACAGAAGGCUUUUGAUCUAGAAAGCAAUUCUGUUAGUGAAAGUGGUGGGGAAUACAUUAGACAAUUCCAAUCACCUCCUACCAUGUUCCAGAAAAUCCAAAAUUCUCCAGCGAAGAUUUUCAAAGGGUGCAACAGACUGCAGCAAAAGGGAGAUUAGUAAAAGCUGCUCCCCACCCCUUCCACAGGCAGGAGAAGACUGAAUCAAAGCCAUGAUAUUUUUUUAAAAAAAUAAUUGGACAUAUAUAACAAUGGCUGUCUUUAUAAGAAGAUAAAAUUGGGUUGGCUGUCUCUAAAAAAAGAUACAACUGGGAUGUAAUUCCUUAUUUCACUUAUAAUAUAUGUAACUGUCAGUAGAUCAAAAGUUCAGAUUUCCCUUACCCCCAAAUCUAGUUGCACUGUGAUGGUGAUACAAAAUACUAAUGAUUGAUGGGGUACCUUGCCUCUUGAAAAGAACCAGCAAAAACAUGUCUAGGUUUGUAAUCGCAUGUUUCAAUUUAUAGUAGGAAAGGACCCAUUUCAUCUCACCAAAAAUAUUUUCUACAGAUAAAUGUGGACAAAGGUAUAUGGAGAACUGUAUUAGUAAAUUAUUAACUGUAAGAGGAUGCAGCAUUGCCAGUUUCUGAUGUUUUCCACUGAAUCUGGAAAUAUGGAUUUCAUGAAGUUUUCAUACAAAAGUGAGCAUGAAAAAUUUGGGAAGUGGAGGUGGGGAAAGCAACUUUAAUUACUUAAUUCUAAGAAAAGAUUGAAUAUUUCUGCUUUCAAGAAAGAGGUUUUGUAAUUUUUUUCUAUUAAAGCAUUUAGUUUAAACAGGUUUGGCAUCUCUUUGUGGAAAAGCGUCUUUUAGGCUUCAUAAAGCAGAGGGAUCUGUUUUU